AUGAACAGCAAUGGGGCUGAGUGCCUGAAGUGUAUAUUUGCAGAUACAAUGGUAUGUAACGUUUUGGAAACAGCUAUAAGCUGGACGUAUUGUAGCGGCAAUUUAUCACGGCCAUUGGGAUGGGAUAAAGUGAAAAGAGUGAGUGUGGCAUUGUGUCGCAAUCUGCAAAGUGAUUGUCGAAGUAGACAAGCGACUAUAAACCACAAGUAA